AUGCCGAGCCGACAGAAGCAGCUUGUGUUCUCGGUCUCCGGUGUCCUCGGUUUUUCGUGCAUCCUCACGGCCGCGGUGGCCACCGGGCUCCCUCUGUGGAUCACCGGGGCCGUGCUGUGCCGGACUGGGGCCGAGCUGGUGAACGCUACGGGACCCGAACUGGACAAGUUCUUAGGAGAGCUGAACUACGGUCUGUUCACCGGAGAGAGGGUGAAGCAGUGCGGGUUAGGAGGGAGGACGUCCCGCUUCUCCUUCUUCCCAGACCUGCUGAGCGUCAUCCCAGUAGUCCUCCACGUGUCCGUCAUCUUCUUCUGUGGUGUCGUCAUCCUCUUCUCCUCCGUGGUCACUGGCUUCUUCUUCUUCAACGCCUUCGGCCGACCGUAUGAGACACUGCAAGGCCCCAUGGGACUUUACCUGUGGACCUUCAUCAGCUGGCUGUGCAGCUGUCUGGUGAUGAUUCUUUUUGCGUCGGAGGUGAAACUUCAUCAUCUGUCCAAUCGGAUCUCUAACUUCAACGAGGAGAACUUCGUUUUCCACACAUACACUGAACGCUAUGACCGGUCCUUCUGGCUCUUCUUCCUCGUCUUCCUCCUCCACGGACUUAACUUCUUGCUGAUCCGACUUGCUGGAAUCCAGUUCCCCUUCCUGGAGAGCAAAGACCCGGACCUGAGCGGGGGGGCGGCCGACCUCAUGUACUGAGAUCCGGAGUGAGACGGAAGCCUGUAAAGGACAAAAGACUGAUGAUUAAAGUGUUACUGUAGAAAAUCCAUUGAGCUCCAUGAAUCAAUUAAAGUUUAUAAUUUAGUACGUUUAGAUAUAAAAUGGUCCCAAAAACUAAAGACAAACAAAACCUGAAACCAUCAGAUCAGUCGAUCAAUACGUCAGUCAAUCAUUUACUUUGUAAAAACACUCUGGUUCCAGCUUCACUUUGAACUGAUGACUUUGACUCUUCAUUGAUGAAGGUAGAAGAUGUCAUUGAGACAGAGUCACAUGGUUCAGGAGGGACAGAUCUCAUCACGUGUCAUUAAUACUUAUUUAAUGUGUAAUAACUGAUGUAAUAACUGAUGUAGUAACAUUUAUAAUAAUACAAGAUUCACUCUGCAUGCCACCAAACUCCAAUAACUGCAAUUAAUUCACGUUAAUGUUAGCAUCUGGUUAAGGUUUGUAAGGCAAGUGUUGCUAACGUUAACUAACUGCAAUCAUACUCAAAUUAACGUUAGCAAUCAUACUCAAAUUAACGUUAGCAAACUGCAAUCAUACUCAAACUAACGUUAGCAAACUACAAUCAUACUCAAACUAACGUUAGCUAUUAUCUUACGAUAAACAUCAACUAAACUGUGAGAGAGAUCAGUUAACGAGGACACGAGUACGUGAACCGGUUCAAGUGUGGAACUAUCAGCUGCUCUCUGGAGUCAAAGGAAGAGUCGUGACUAUUUCAAUGGCAGUGAGUUGAACUGAACUGAUGUUGUGUACUUUGUCUUUAAUAUGUUUUGUAUGUUGUAGUAUUGAAGUCCUCUGUGUACUUUUUCAUGUUAGUGUACAAGUUAAAUGUACACUUGUGUUUUCAGAAAGUAGCUGAAGAUAAAACCUGAUGAUGAAUCUCUA